AUGAAGUGUGUUUGUGUUGUCUGUCAAAGUGACAAUUUUCCGUCGUAGAAUGUUAGUUGAGUACACCGAAGUGUAAUUUACUUCGUAAAAAUCAUGUUGUCUUAAUAAAUAAUGAUUAUUGUUGCCCACACUAUGGCUUCCUCGUUAACAGCGGAAGAAGAACAGGCUGUGAAGGAGUUCAUAUCUGUUGUAAACGAAUUGCGUUUGUGUCAAAAUGUUGGACCUUUAUCAUGGAGUACAGCAGUAAAAUUUAUGAUGGCUCGAAAGUUCGACACACACAGAGCACUGCAGCUGUACAAAACACAGGAGAUCAUUAGAAGAAAAGAAGGGUUAAUAAGAUUUGACCCAAACUGUGAUCCUUUAAAAUCAGAGCUAGAAACUGGAAAAUUCACUAUUUUGCCUACAAGGGAUUCUGGAGGAGCUGCACUUGCUCUUUUCACUGCUGGACGCCAUAAUCCAUUUUUGAGCUCUCAUAAUGUCACACUUCAAGGAGUUGUUUAUCAACUAGAUGUUGCUUUAGAAAGCUUUCAGACACAGAGAUGUGGAGUUGUUUUCAUAUACAAUAUGAAUGAUUCCAAAUAUUCAAACUUUGAUUAUGAAUUAAGCCAGAAAAUGUUAACAUUAUUGAAGGGUGGUUAUCCAGCAAGAUUAAAAAAGGUUCUUAUUGUAACUGCUCCUUUAUGGUUUAAAGCUCCUUUCAAAAUUCUGAGGUUGUUUGUUAGAGAAAAGUUAAGGGACAGAGUUUAUAUGGUAAGUGUUCCACAACUUUCUCUUCAUGUGCCAUUGUCAUCUUUGCCACAAGAGCUGGGUGGCAACCUGAAUGUUGAUCAUCAGUGCUGGCUUCUUCAUUGUUUGAAAACUAUGGCAAAUCGUUGUGGAGACCUUUGUGACUUAGUGUCAGCACCCACAUCCCCAUCUAUUGCUAAUGGUCCUUACUCUCCCCAAGUUGUUCGAAGUAAUGGUCUCUCAGCACAUCAUUUUAAUUUUAUGAGUAGUGAGGGAGAAACAGAUGAAUCCAGUGAUCAUCAAAAUUCUGUUCAUGAGAAACAGAAUUCUGAAGAUAGGGAGAAAGAAGUUGAAGUGAUCAAGGAAAUAGCACUAUCAGUUCCAGAGAAACAAGUUGCAUCUUAUUCUCCUGUGCAAGAAAUAAUCCCUUCUGAUGAAAAAUUAUCAUCUAGUAGCCCAUCUUCAUCUUUAUCUGAGGACUCUCUUCACAGUGAUAUCAGCUCUGGUCAGACUCUAGAGGAAUUUAUUGAACAUUUACAAAAGAAGGGCAGGAAAGGACUUCAUGAAGAAUAUGCAGAAAUUAAAUCUAAAAGCUCUGAAGGAACAUUUGAGUCCUCAAAAUUGAAGUCCAACCAGCCAAAAAAUAGAUACUCUGAUGUUCUUUGUUAUGAUCACUCUCGAGUAAAAAUUUCCUGCAUUGAUUCAGAUCCAUGUUCUGACUAUUUGAAUGCCAAUUUUGUAGAUGGGUUUCGACAAAAGAAUGCAUUUAUAUCUACUCAAG